AUGGCACUUGCUUCAGGGACGCCGGAUUUUCAUGAUGCCGUUGAAAAACUGCGAUUACUUGGUAUGUUUGUCAGUGUACAUCUCCAAUAUUGUCGUUUUAGAGAAUAACGCGCUAGACUCGGUUGUUCGAGCAUUCCGAGCCCAAGGUCCACUCACUUUGUACAAAGAGAUUCUGCUUGAUCAUCUUCGAUCAGCGUUAUUGUAUGUUUUUAUUAACGUUUUUGUUUGAUUUUUAGUGUUUCGCAAUCGGACUUUGCCGCUAGUGGAGAAAGAGCAAUGUUGGAUGAAGAACUGCAAGGUAUUUGCCAAUGGUAAGGGUUGCUUGAUCUUUACAACAGUGGAACACCCUAUUUAUCUCAAGCGCCAGACUAAAAUAGUAUUUUUUAGCUUGAAUCCGUCGUAUAACUCAUUUCACAGUUGGGCGAAGGCUGCGGCUCCAAUUUUUCCAGAAGAUUUUUCCCUUCAUCUCAAGCGUUUGCCUGAGAGCAUAACAGAUUUCUCAAAAAAGUCUAUUGACGAUCCUACGAAAGUCAGAAGGUUUUAUGAUAAGCACUGUAGAGAAGAGAAGGUCGCUGCUGCUAAGCUGGUGACACUUCCAAAGCAGCUAUUUGGUAUGUUUUGUUCGGUUGUUUUUCCACGUUUAGACUUAAUGUCGGAUGUUGUUGUAAGGUGUCAUGGACAAGUUAAUCUUUUCUGUGUUUCCAGUCCCAGAACGUCUUCGGCAAGUCCUUAUGGCCACUGAAACAUCUCCACGGCUUGAUCUCAACUCUAAGCACACUCAGACAUGCGAUGAUCAGAUUCCAAGCACAUCUAACAGUAUUCCUGUCAUGGAUAACGUUGAGCGAAAUAGUAUGAAUUCGGAAGAAUCGGCUUCCACUAGUCUUAAGAGACCACGGAUGUCUCCGGAAGGGUUUGAAGACCUGGAACCAUUUGACAAGUUCAUAAAAAGAGAGCUGAGGAUACCAGAUCUACCAAGGAUACCAACUGAUACUCCAGGAGAAGUUUAUCGAGAUUAUCGGCCGGCGGUCCGGCCUUUACACCGAUCAGGAAGCCGAACGAUGGACCUGAAUGGGAAAGGAAGGCCACAGAAGAUCAAUUACGAUGGGUUUGUUCAAGGAUUCCACAAAGAAGUUCCAUUCAAAACAAAAGCCGAAGUUGAAGGAUUAAAUGCUCUAAUAUAUCUGAAGACGGUAUUAGGAUUGAAUAAUAAGAAGAAAGUCGAUGAGAAGGUAACUGAAGAGACCAAUGGAAUGGAAGAAGAGUAUCAGGAAGAAGAUGGAGAGGAGGAGGAACAAGAAACAAAUAAUGAAGAAGAUGAGAGGGAUAAAAGUCCUCCAGAAGCAUUAGAAAGACUUCCGGAUGAGCUUGAAGAGGAAGUCGAAGAAGAAUAUGAGCUAACAGAUGGGAUGGAAGCGCAAUUCGACCAAAGCGAUGAGGAUGAUAGUCAACAUUUUACCCAGCAAGGAGCAGGUGCACAUUAUUUGUUAGAACGAGUGCAGGAGAUGGAAGAGUUAGAAAUUGAGGUCGAUGAAGUGAAGAAUGGACUGUCCGAGGAGUUUGAGAGAUGUUUAGAAGAGAAGAUGGUUCCGUCGACCAGUUGUACAGAAGCAGAAGGGAAAUAUGAUAGUCAUGAUGAGGAUCAAGAAGCGCGCUAUGAUCUUGUCCCGGAAUAUGACGGUGAAGUGGAGAUAUUUGAUGAAAAAGAAGAAAAAAUGAAUGUAGAAGAGAACGAAAUUGGUAAACCGUUAGAAUUGAUGGUGCAAAGAGAAGACGAAGAAGAAGAAAGCCAUUUUGAUCGAGAAUCCCCUCCGAAGUUGGAGAAAAUGGAUGGAAUUGGAGAGAAUUGGGUGCCGGAUGAUGGGAAAUGCAAUGGAAAUGGUGACACGAACUCUACAGAUGAUUUGAGUCAAAGUUAUGCGUAUCAUGGCCUUGAAAGCGCUUCACACAGCCAAGAUUCGUCGGAAAUUUCCAGUGAGAAGAUGAAAAAUUGCAAAAGAAGGCAAAGUGAACCGAUUGAUAAGGAAAGAAUGUCAAAAACAACGUCGAGCACACAUAAACGACCUAAAAUACGAUGGAAAUUUGGGAGUAUUGGAAGUAUUUCGAACAAAAUGAGCAUUGAAAAUCAAAGUAAUGGCAAGAUUACGGAAAAGGAAGAUGUCCGAAAUGGAUUUUCACGUCAAAUUGAUCGGAAAAUUGAGGAUUUGGAUGUAAAUGAAGUGAAAAACACUGUGAUAGGAAUGGUGGAUCGAGUUUCGACCUGCAAUGGGCAUGGUGAAGAUAAUGGAAUUGAGGUGAAAGAUACUUUCAGAUUUAUAAAUAAGUUUUUGGUUUUGAAAUUGCAAAAUAACUUGUUUUCAGGAUUUUGCCAGCAGCUCAACGGCGAUGUCUACGGAAGCAAUUCAGUAG